UGAUUUGGAAGGGAACUUUGUCUCCUUGCUCUGAGUUUCUUUUAAAGGAAGUCAUUGAUACCCUGCUGCAUGCGAACUAUGGUAUUCCUGAAAGGCACUGUCUAAAAAAAUCCCACAAACUACAGAGGGUUUGGGGCCUCACAUAUUUCGAUACACAGCAUUAAGGAACAUGCAUGUUGCGGUGAUAGGUGCUGGGGUGAUUGGACUCUCCACAGCACUGUGUAUCCAUGAACAGUAUCACCGCAUUGUGAAGCCACUGAAAAUUGAAGUGUAUGCAGACAAAUUCACCCCUCUAACCACCAGUGAUGGAGCAGCAGGCCUUUGGCAGCCAUAUCUCUAUGACAAUGGAAACACACAAGAAACAAAAUGGAACAAAGAGACAUUUGAUUUCCUGCUAAAAUACGUCCAUUCAGAGGAUGCUCAAGACAUGGGCAUAUUCCUGCAGUCUGGAUACAACCUUUUGAGUGAACCAGCUCCUGAGCCCUCUUGGAGGGACAUUGUCCUUGGCUUUCGCCACUUGACGCCUGAAGAACUUAAGCUGUUUCCUGGCUACAGCUAUGGCUGGUUUAACACUGCACUCAUGAUUGAAGGAAAGAAUUAUUUACCAUGGCUGACCAAGUGCCUAACUAAUCGUGGAAUCCAGUUCAUUAAGAAGAGGAUUGAAAACUUUGGAGAACUGACUGCCAGAGGAGCAGACAUCAUCAUUAACUGCACAGGAAUUCGCUCCGGAGAGCUACAACCCGAUCCUGAAUUAAAACCAGGCAGAGGACAGAUUUUGAAGGUGCAUGCACCAUGGAUGAAACACUUUAUUUUAACCCAUAAUCUGAAGACAGGAGUCUACACCACACCGUAUAUCAUUCCAGGAUCUCAAAGUGUCACCCUGGGAGGGAUUUAUCAGCUAGGAAACUGGAGUGAAGAAAACAAUUCAGAAGAUCACAAAUGGAUUUGGGAAGAAUGCUGUAAACUUGUACCUAGCCUUAAGAAUGCAACAAUUGUACAUGACUGGACAGGGCUGAGACCAGCACGCAGCAAAGUGAGGCUGGAGAGAGAAUCAUUUGUGUCAGGAUCACUUAAGGGCGAGCUUAUACAUAACUAUGGCCAUGGAGGUUACGGACUCACCAUUCACUGGGGUUGUGCUCUGGAAGCAGCCAGGCUAUUUGGACAAAUCAUUGCUGAGAAGAAACUUGGGACCCCUCAAUCCUCCUUGUAAUCUAAAACUCUGUGUUCUUGUUGGAAAAUAGGUUCUGGUACUCUUCUAUACUAGGGUAAAAAAUGCUUUUACUACCAUCUACUGUGAUUUCAUUGAUUUUUU